CUCACUUCAAAGAUUCUGGAGUCACCAAAACAACGUAUUAUCCUGCAUAGUCUUCAUAACGUGUUCAAGAAUAACGUUUGCUAAGCGACGAUGUCUGCCGAUCUGGUCGGAGUGUGGGACGUGGCGCUAGCAGAUGGCGUACAUAGGAUUGAGUUUGAACACGGAACAACUACCGGCAAGAGGAUCAUACGUGUCGAUGGCAAGGAGAUUCGUCGUCACGACUGGAUGUUCAAGCUCGUCGGUAAGGAACAGUUCAUGAUCGGCAAGGUUCGCUGUUGCGUCGCCAUCGACGCCGUCGCAGGAUUCGCCUACGAAUACACGCUCAACGUGAACGGCAAGAGCCUGAAGAAGUUCACCGAGAACCAAUCGAAGAUCACCAAGUGCUGGACGUUGGUCGUCGACGAUGUGCAGACCAGAGUUGUACUCGAAAAGGACACACUGGAUGUCUGGUGCAGUGGGCAAAAAUUAGACACGACGGGAGAGUUUGUGGAGGAUGGUACGGAGACACACUUCAGCAUCGGAUCGCACGUCGCAUACAUCAAAGCCGUGAGCAGCGGCAAGAAACGCGAGGGCAUCAUACACACCCUCGUCGUCGACGGCAACGAGGUGCCCGAGGCGAGAGACUGAGGCGCCAUCUAUACCAGCGACGCGGAGAGACGCGAAGAACGACGAAAUACCCGCAAUGGAUCUCAUAUCUGUGCUCUACCGUACUGUAGCUAGAGAGCUAUCUUCACCAUCUCAGUUUUAUUACGUAGAAUAUAUAUAUAUAUACAUAUAUAUAUAUAUAUAUAUUUAUAUAUAUAUAUAUAUUAUAUAUAUAUAUAUAUAUAUAAUAGUGAAUGAGAAAGUUAUAUAACCGUCCAAACAACAGUAUCCCUGUUACAUAAUAUUUUAGUACGUAUAACAUAUACGAGUAAAGUUGAGACCUAUGGCUGGCUAUUACGUAGGUCGAGUG